AUGAAUCAGUUUACCAGAGUUACAUCUUAUCCGCCUCUGGGGCAGGUGACAUGUCUUCGCAAUCAACAGUCUAGAGAUACAGACAAGGAUACGCUUCGCUUCACGGUUGUUAUAGAAUCAAGCAGUGCUUUCCCCGAACAGUCAUGGGAAGCUCAAAUCUGGCACAAUGUUGAUAGUUUGGAUUGGACUGCUCUUCCACUUCAGAAAUGCCAACCUUUGACUGCCCCUCUGAUGACUGGUAGUGGCUCAGAGAAGUAUCAUCGUUAUGUGUCUUCGGGAGAGAUCAGUCUACUGGAUAAAGGAGGCCUUGCACAAUUCACCGUCCGAUUCCGGACCAAGCCUGAUGCAGAUUGGCAGUGGGCGAACCAGCUACAUUCUAUAAGCGAUGGUGAAUUGCUCAUUGUAGAUAAUUCCAUCCAUGACUCGCAUGAUCAACCGGAGUUGCUCUCACAAGCCUACACGGACGGAAUCAGUAAAUACAUCGAGCUUAUCACGUCUGAAGUAGAUGUAGAGUCACGGGCAAGUCAAGUUCCCGGCUCAGCUCUAUGGCAUAUCUCUGGAGCUAUAGAUGCAGCUGAAGAAAAACACUCUGCAGUCAGGACUCUUACACUUGGAGUACCGUCUUCAAUGGUCAGAUAUUUCUCUUUGGCACGGGUGUGGACACCAUGGCUCGUUCCCAGACAUGGCAGCAAGACAUUCAGAUUGACAGAGGAUGCAAUUCUCUGCUCUUUUCUCCGGGAGGAUGGCACGAACUUUGUCCUUCUGGCAGUCUCCGGGACCAACAAUAUCUUGACGCUGCUCAAAUCCGGCGAAAACGGCGAACUGGUGAUCAAAGCCCAGAGUGACAACGAAGAAAUAUCUCGAUUUGAAGUCCUGGCCUCCGCUUCAGAUGAUUUUGAAAAAGCGCUGGGUGCUCUUAUUUACGAAGCACGGAAGUUGGUCUCAUCUUAUGCUGAAGGAUCAGUUAUCAAAGACCCUACACCACCAAAAUCCCCUCCAGGCCACGACUAUGUGAUGGUUGAAAAGGGCCCGGAGGUGCAGUGGCUCACAGACUGGUACGAUGGCUUGACCUAUUGCACCUGGAACGGCCUGGGGCAGGACCUCACCGAGGAAAAUAUCCUCCAUGCAUUAGAUGCAUUGAAAGCGAAUGGGAUCAACAUUUCCAAUCUUAUUAUUGAUGAUAAUUGGCAAUCAUUAGACAAUGAGGGUGAUCAUCAGUUCACGCGACGCUGGAAACAUUUCGAAGCAAACCCCAAAGCCUUCCCACGAGGUCUCAAGCAUGCCGUGGAUGCAAUCCGCCAAAGUCAUCCCAAUAUCGAACAUAUCGCGGUCUGGCAUGCCCUAUUUGGCUAUUGGGGUGGGAUUUCGCCAGAAUCCGAUUUGACUAGAAGAUAUAAAAUAAAAGAGGUCAAAAUCACAAACCCCGCUGCAGGCGGGCAAAUAGGACGUGCAUUCGAUCGAGGAUCACUGCUGGCAAUUGACCCAGACGAUGUCAAUCGAUUCUAUGAGAACUUCUAUAGAUUCCUCACAUCAGUGGGAAUCGAUUCAGUCAAAACUGAUGCCCAGUUCUUCUUGGAUUUGCUGGAGAAUCCCGAGGAUCGGCGGCGGUUUAUAACUGCCUAUCAGGAUGCUUGGUCCAUUGCUUCACUGAGAUAUUUCAGCACGAGAUCGAUCUCGUGCAUGUCACAAUUUCCUCAAGGCAUCUUCCACUCACAACUACCAACCAACAAACCAACUAUUCCGAUGCGUAACUCAGACGAUUUUUGCCCUGAUGUUGCGGAUUCCCAUCCAUGGCAUGUGUUCUGUAAUGCUCACAACUCGCUCUUGACUCGCUUUCUAAAUGUCAUCCCAGACUGGGACAUGUUUCAAACCAAUCAUCCAUAUGCUUCGUUUCACGCAGCUGCAAGGUGUAUCUCUGGAGGCCCUAUCUAUAUCACCGAUAAGCCAGGAAAGCAUGACAUGGCCGUUCUCGAUCAAAUGACCGCUCCAACAACGCAUGGCGCGACGGUUAUUCUUCGCCCCAGUGUAGUGGGUCGAACAAUUGAUGUGUAUCACGAUUACAACCAACGCCAUAUCCUGCGCGUGGGCACGUAUAACGGAAGGGCCACUACAGGAACCGGCAUCUUGGGCCUAUUCAAUAUCCGUGCCAGUGAGGCCUCUUGUAUUGUUCCCCUGAAAGAUAUACCUGGUAUCGACCAGGGCCCCGACGUACGGCAUGUUGUCCGCGCACAUUCCAGCGGUAGAAUAACAGACCCUCUGAAGCCAUCGGGUCAAAACUCGCUGAUGACAGUCGUCUUGGAAGAGAAGGGAUGGGAGAUUCUCACGGCGUAUCCGACCCAACCAUUUACUUUGCCAAAGAGUCGGGGUAGAAACUCCAGUGAGGGUAGCCCUACGCAUGUUGCGAUCCUUGGUCUGCUAGGAAAGAUGACUGGGGCUGUAGCUCUCGUAGAUUCAAACAUCGUUGUGACAGAAAAAGGUCGUCUUCGUUUCGAUAUCAGCCUGAAGGCUCUGGGAACGCUUGGGAUCUACUUCUCUGAUCUGCAGGACUGGAGUAUUGAACAGAAUUUCAUGAUUAUGAUUUCCAAGCGGGGAGUGCCGCGGAAGACCGUGUGGAAAGAGGGCGGGGAUGAUUCUAGGGUCCUGGCGAUAGAUGUCCUGGCUGCAUGGAAGGCAAUGGGAUUGGAUAGUGGAUGGAGCAAUGAGGUAUCUCUGCAAGUUUAUGUUGGUUAA